UAUUCUGUCAAGGUACGAAAAGAUCUGGCUCAGAAUGGAUGCAGCAUUACUUGGGACUAAUCCAGACUAGACUUAGAACUAUUCUAGAUCUAACAAGUAUUUUCUGAACUGUUAUACCGUACAUAGUAAAUUGAUUUGCACCGAGGGUACAAAGUGCGGGGGAAGAGGUGGAGGCCAUCUUUCUUCCCCCUCAUUUAUCAUCGGCUACAACAGUGCGAUCGUCGUAACCGAUUAUCUCGAGUUUAUCUAGACUAGAACUUGUCUUUGUCGGUCUUGAUCUCUCCACAAAACCAUGAUUGUUUUUCUUGCUUUCAAGUUUUAAAGUUCACGUAUCGUCGCAACGAAAGAUGAUCAAGACAAAGAAACCACAGACGUUGUUGUUGUACGUGAUAAACUAUCAAGAUCAAAAUCAAAACAAAAUCAACAAACCAUCUUACCCCCAACCAUGACUUCAUCUCAUGCCAACCGGCUUUGUUAUCGCAAUGCAGAUUCCAUCACCAGCUUCCUCUUUUGGAAAUGGUCCUUUCGAACAGAACCCUGACAAUGAUGGCGACGACCCGAGAAAUAUGCAGCACUUUAGCAGCGGUCAGCGUAUACUUGCAUGUCUUGGCGGUAACAUGACGAAAUUUAGUCAUGUUGUCGUAUCUUUCGCCCAUGGAAUGAAUUCAAAGGAGAUUUUAUAAGUGUACGACGACAUUUUAUAGGCAAGACAAACAUGCGCUCAGCCAUCCCUUUGUGCUACGGUCUUGCGCUUAUGAUCCCAUAAACGUGUAGUCCACGGGGCUGUUAACUUCAUAUCCUGGAAAAAAUUCGACACCAAAACAUGGCGAGCGUCAAGACACUCGUCGCCACACUGGCCACAGCGACCAUGUGCGUCCAAGCUUGCCUACAAGACAGCCAUGAGAUCCAGCGCCGCACCGAGCGCCGGCUCUCUCGUGGAUCGGCAUCGUCCAACCUGAUCAGGCGGGCCUCUGUGACAUCUCCGCCUGUCCUAACAGAAACGGAACGCAUCCUCGUCGACUCGUUCGACAACAGCAGCAUCGCAGAGUGGUCGUACUACUACAGCUCUGGCAUGCGUCUGGCCGGCUCCAACAGGUCGCAGGCCGAGUGGACGCGGCAGAUGUGGCAGGGCGCCGGGCUCGAGGUCCAGAUCGCAGAGUACUGGAUCACGUACACUGAGCCCAGUCAGAGCUCGCUGCGUCUGCGAAGGCCGGAUGGGUCGGCGCACAUCGCACAGCUGAGGGAGGAUGUGUUGGAGGGAGACGAACAGACGGCGAACCCGGAUGAGAAGAUUGCGUUUCAUGCGUUGUCCGGCAGUGGAAAUGUCAGCGCAGAAUAUGUUUAUGUUAGACGUGGCACCCGCGGCGACUUCAAGCGCCUCGUAGACCUCGGGGUUGACCUCAAAGGCAAGAUCGCCCUGGCGCAGUACGGCGGGACUAACCGCGGCGUCAAGAUCAAGAACGCACAGGAGAACGGCAUGGUCGGAACCGUGCUCUACACGGACCCGCUCGAAGACGGCCAGGUCACCGAGGCCAACGGCUACAAGCCCUAUCCCGACGGGCCAGCCCGACAUCCUUCGGCCAUCCAGCGCGGCUCGACCCGCUGGGCGUCGCUGUCCUUUGGCGACCCGUCCACCAUCGGCUACCCGUCGCUCCGGGACGCUCCCCGCGGCGACAUCAGCGACCUGGGGCCCAAGAUCCCAUCCAUCCCCGUCAGCAUGCGCGACGGCCUGCAGCUGCUGCGGGCCCUCGACGGUCACGGCGUGUCGGGCACGGAAGCGAACCGCAGCAGCUGGGUCGGCGCCUUUGCAAACGUCAGCUACAGCAGCGGGCCGGCGCCGGGGGCCACGCUCGACAUGGUGCACUUUAUGGAGCGGAGGUUGGAGCCGGCUUGGGACGUCAUGGGCUACAUCAACGGCACUUCCGAGGACGAGUUUGUCAUUAUCGGGAACCACAGGGAUGGCUGGACGACGGGAGGCGCAGCGGAUGCCAUCUCGGGCGGUUCGAUCUUGGUUGAGAUGGCGAGGGCGUUUGGCAAGCUUAUCGAAGAGGGGUGGAAGCCACGCCGGACCAUCAUUUUUGGGUCGUGGGACGCAGAGGAGUUUGGGUUGAUGGGGUCGACUGAGUGGGUUGAAGACCACCUGCCCGAGCUGGUUGGUAAGGCCGUGGCGUACAUCAACCUAGACACUGCCGUCUCGGGACCAAGGACAGCUAUCACCGGAUCUGGAGAGAUUCAGACCAUUGCCAUUGAGCUGAUGAAGAAGGUGGCGUUUCCCGAGAGGUACGGCGUCGGCGAGACGCUGUACGACAUGUGGUACAAUAGCACCUCGGGAUAUGUUGGGCCGCUGGGGAGCGGGAGUGACUAUGCUGCAUUUUACCACAACGGCAUUAGCUCUAUGCAACAGCUCGAUAUAUCAGGAGGUCCAGGCAAGGGCGAUCCAGUUUACCAGUAUCACUCACUUUACGAUACGUACAACUGGAUGGCCAACUACGCAGACCCAGGCUUUCAGGUCCACAAAGCCAUGGGACAGUGGGUGACGUUGCUCAUGUACCACCUAGCCGACGACCCCCUGAUCCCAUUUGAUCUCCCCAACGCCGCCACCACCCUGCGCGUUCUAUUUGAAGACCUCGAAGACGACAUGGCAGAGCUCUUCCCGAGCAUCACCGACCUCGACCUAUCUCCUCUCUCUGACGCCAUCACCGUAUUCGAAACCGCCGCCGAGGCCAUCGACAAGCUCGCAACCCAAGCGCUGUCUCACAACGACACGGUACUCCUCGACGUCAUCAACUCCAAGUACCGCGACUUCAACCGGGGAUACGCCAGUCAGGGCGCCCUGCCGGGCCGUCUGACUUACAACAACAUCGUGAGCGCCCCUGGGCUUGACAACGGGUACGGCGCGAGCGUGUUCCCUGCCGUCGGGGACAGCCUGGACCAGGGGAACAGGGAACUGGCGGACGAGUGGAUAGUCAAGAGCGCGAAUGCCGUGCUGAGGGCUGCUGAGAUUUUGACGAUUUAGGCCCAGCACCUACGUAAUAGUAGUAAUUGUUGAUGAGGGUGUCUUUUUUUUUUCUCUCUCUCCGGCUUGGCAGGGAGAGGCUUGCGUGGUUACAAGACUAAACUACUCCGUUGGAACGUCACUAGUGGGUUGGCAUUUUUUUUUGGCUCAGAUCGUCCGCGUAUUCGCAUUCGGCCUUUGCAUCACCCUGGAGUUGACUUGUUCAAACGCCCACUAACAUCGCGGGUAAAUAUGGACUUUAAGCAUGGAUACCACUGAAACUUGAGUUAGUAUACUGCCGAGUAUAUACUGUCAUCCAACGUUUCUUUUUGUAACUACUCAUGUCUAGCUUUUCCAUGAUAACAUAAGAUCGAAUAUCUCUUUCUUGCCUGUCUAAGACUUCCC